CCAUUAACUAUAAUUAAUGCACACAUGCAGUUUACAAUCAAAAUCAAGAAGAGGUGUGUAUGAUAAUGCUGAUCAAAAGCCCCAGCCAGCAGCAACAUUGGAGAUGAGUAGCCCAGCGUGGUCUGAGGAUGUGGGUGGAAGCAGUGCCAUGACCUGGCUCCAAGCAGCAGAGCAUGUCUUGAGGGAGGAAGGACCAGACAUGCACAUACGAGAACUCACCUCUAGAAUAAUGGAGCUGGGAAUGGUCAAGUCCAACUGUGCUACUAGCCUAGAGACACUACUCUAUAGACAGACGUCUAACUCUAGCUCAGUCUCCAAGUUUGUCCGUGUCUCUGGAAAGCAUGGCUGUUUCGGGCUGAGAGAAGACUACUUAGACUCGAAUCCUCUCCCUGUACCGAGAAGGAUCGCCACAGAAAAGAUUGCCGCAGCUGCAACAGAGAGCUCUGUCAAGGUGGAGAGCAGUGAGGUGUACGAUGACGAGCCUGUUGAAAACGAGCUAGAGGGAGAGACCAAGACGACCGAAGCUUUACCUAAUGUUAGCACCAUGUUGGAAUCACUAUACGGGUUUGAUCGUGAAUUUGAGCCUCGAGUAUUCUACACAAAUCGUCAACGGAAAUGCUCGUAUCCGACCUCUGGCGAGAGCUCAUCUGGUGAUGAAAGGGUUAAUGGUAAAUCUCCAUCCAAGAAACGAGAUGUCAGCUCUGAUGAGGAGUCAAUAACUGAUGAGACUAUGUAUCGCAAAAAGUACUAUUUCAUCAAGAAAAUUGCCAAGAGCAUAAUCUUUGAAAAUGCAGCUCUAGCUGACCAACUGUCCCUCGUCAACGAGAGAAUCACUAGAACUGAAGCUGAGAGGAAAUUUCUCCUCGAUAAGUUGAUCAACUUUGAGAGGGCUGCCAGAAUGAACCCAAAGCCUUCUGCUUGUCCACCCCCAGUCGAUCAAUCUCUUAAGCCCCCUGUCAGUACCAAGGCCCUAAAAUCUCGUGAGAAGAGAACUAACCCAAGAACCAUCCCAAGAAGCAAUCCAUCUAAGGCCACUGCUCUUGUAAAAACUCAGAGAAAAGCAGGAAAAGCUGACACUACUGCCGUUCCGGACAUGCCCAAAGAGAUAAAAAAUGUCCGCCAGCCUCCUCCUCCUGUUAAUGUGAGCACAAGGAAACUGGUGAUGUCUGAAAGCUCUAGCAGUGAUGAGAGUGGGAGUGAGGAGGACGUAAAGGGAAAGAAGAAGACGGCUGUGACAAAGCCUGCACAGGAGCCCACAGAAGGAGUUGGAGAUAAGCUGGAACUUGCCAUGCGCUGUGGAAAGGUUCGCAGACUGCAUCCCAUCCCUCUCAACAAUGAUGGUUCUCCUAUGUUUCCUAUAAUCAUUGGCGGGCUAAAAGUGCACAACUUGGGAAAGAUUGCGUACGAUAGAGCGGCCUAUCACAGUGAGCGAUACUUGCUCCCUAUUGGCUUUGAGAGCUCACGGACCUACCCCAGCAUGAUUGACCCCACCAGGAAGUGUGUGUACACCUGUCGUAUUCUCGACGGUGGGGAGACUCCUAUGUUUGAGAUGGUUGCUGAUGAUGACCCAGACCACCCAGUUCGUGCUGCCUCCUCCACUGCCUGUCAGACCAUCGUCCUCAGAAACAUCAACAAAGCUAGAGACAAGCAAGCCACGAACUCAGGAUCAGGGCCAGAAUUCUUUGGUUACUCCAAUCCAACUAUUCUUAAUCUUCUACAGAAAAUCCCAGACUCGAGGAAAUGCUCAAAAUACAAGUUUAUGCGAUUUGCUGAACCACAGAGACGGCAUAAAAAGGGUACACCAGGAUCUCCUUCAGCUACCAAGCAACCAUCAACUCUCUCCAAGAAACGACCUACGAACAGGGCACCCAAAGACGUAUCUGAUAACCAGAAGAAGAAACAUGUUCUCAAGCACGAUACUGGUGGAGCAGUGAAAAGACCUGAGGACUCGGGAUUAGCUAUUGCCCCUUUUGUGUUUGGAGGCAUGGACACUGUGUCAUUUUCUAGCUCAGACGAUGGUAGUCUUAGCAGUGAGGCAGAUCUUAUUAUUGACAGUUAAUCUCUAUUAAUUUUGUGCAAUCAUAAUAAUUAUAACAUUUUGGCAGUAAAAUUAAAA